UGCUGAGCAGCCCAACAAACCAAGUCUCUCUGACUGUGAGUCCCAGCAGAUCUCAGAUGUUUGAAGGAGAGUCUGUCUCUCUGAGCUGUGAGGAGGACGACAGCUCUGCUGGAUGGACUCUGAGGGGGAACACAACCAGAGAAACCAGGACUCAGUGUGGAGAUGGCUGGGGAAGACCUGCUGGUUCUUCCUGUAACAUCAGCUACAUGGUCCCAGGGGACAGUGGAGUUUACUGGUGUGAGUCCAGAGAGGGAGCAACCAGUAACAGCAUCACCAUCACUGUCACUGGUGGACCAGUGAUCCUGCAGAGUCCUGUCCUCCCUGUGAUGGAGGGAGAAGACCUCACUCUGACCUGUAAAACAGAGACCUCCUCCAACCUCCCAGCUGGUUUCUAUAAAGAUGGCUCCUUCAUCAGGACUGAGCCUGCAGGUCACAUGACCAUCCACCAUGUUUCCAGGUCUGAUGAAGGCCUCUACAAGUGUCACAUCAGCAGUGUUGGAGAGUCUCCACCCAGCUGGGUCUCUGUCACAGGUGAGGAGGUUAAAGAGAAACCCACGACUACAAGUCCUCCUACAACCUCUGACUUCAACACUUCUUCCUCUCCCCCGGUCUCCUCUCCUCCUCCCCUUGUGUUGUGGUCCAUUGUUCCAGUCGGUGUCCUGGUUCUCCUGGUUCUGCUGGUUCUCCCGGUUCUCCUGCUGAGACGAUGCCUCCGUAGGAAACCUAAAGGUUAG